AUGUCCUAUACAUCUUUCUUUCACUGCAUAUACCAAAAGAAUGGUCGAGUGCCACUGGGGAAAGAUUUCCGUCGUUCCUUGUACGGCAUCUCGUUUUGCCUGGAAGUGGUCACUGAGAAACAACUCCGACUGGUCCAAGUCGAAAAGGACAAAGAGAUUCAAGUGCAAAAGGAACUCGGGGUGCAGGUCGACUGCCUCACGCAGCUGCUGCAUCAAGAAAAGCGCAAGCAGGACGAGCAAAAGGCGCAGAACCUGGAGGCGUUGCGACCCAAGUACAUUGCGCCGCGAAAAGAGAGGUUUGUUUUGGACGGCGAUCGAGAAGAACUCAGGGCGAUCAAGUAG